AUGGUUCCCGCUUUCGUUUCCUUCCAAAUGUUUGGAUUCUUUCCGGUAACGGGAAUCCUGGGCAGCAAAACCAGCAUCGAUUUGAACUUCCGGUGGUGGCAUCCGAAAACACUGUUCUCGGUACUUAUUGCCUUGCUCGGAAUGCUGAUGUGUUACGUCGAGUAUCGACGGGUGGAUCGUACCGGAGUCAAUGCGGGCAACCUCCUAGGUGUGGUAUUCUAUGCCGAUACCUAUUGCAAUGUGGCACUGACGCUCACCUGGACUGGCAUGGAUUUGACAAUUGUGCUAUUGAGCCCGUUCAAGGAUGGUUUUUCCAUCGCAAGAGAGGGUUUUUGGAUCGAAAUUCGAGAGCAGUACGUACAAGUUUGCUGCCUGGUCAACAAAGCCAGUGAACUGCUGGCCCCCAUGAUCAUUCAUUCAUGUGCUACCAACAUAUAUUUGAUUUGCUAUGCAUUUCUCACGUUUACUUGGGCUGAAACCGGAAUCCUAGCUCAAGUUAACCACUGGUUCAGUUUGUUCUUUAUGAUCGGCAAGACGGUCUUGAUGUUCUACAGUGCCUCAAUGGUGAAUGAAACAUCGAAAUAUCCGCUAAAGACGUGCACAGCGGUUCCAAAUAUUGGUUGGUGUAUCGAGCUUGAUCGUUUCAUCAAUCAACUUAGGAGCCAUCGCGUGGCUCUAUCUGCGAUGGGGUUUUUCGAUCUUACUAAACGAACUAUGUUGGCAUUAGCUGGAACAAUUAUCACCUUCGAAUUGGUAAUGCUGAAUUUUGCCAAAGAUACGGCGCAUGUAGGCAAUGUUAUACCAUGUUCCAGAUUGGCAUUCUCCAGAGAUGAUUGA